UAUAAACAGUUUUCUUUGCUAAAAUUGAAACAUGAUGAGUGCAACUGUUACCGCACGAGCUAUACGUUUACGAACCAAUUUGGAACCCUCUUUUCAAGAAAAGGAAUGUUUAAAUAUCUGCUGGAAAAUUAAACAUUUCAGUUAUUGCGUGGAAAUUAUCCAAUCACCUGACUUCAAUUUUUGUGGAUAUAAAUGGUGCUUGCAACUAAACCCGAAAGCCGUUGAUUGUGAAAUCAUUUGUUUAAGUCCUAUCAAAGGAAGAAUUAGGGAGAGUGAAAUUUCAUUUCAAACAUCUGAUGGUUCAACAGAAAAUUCAUUUACACGCAGCACAUUUCAAAAUGUACCAAAAGAUAUCAUUUUUGAAAAGCGGCGAAAUGCAUUUCUUCCAAAAAAUGUCUUAAAAAUUCGAUGCCGGUUAAAGACGGCGUACGAAAGAGGAAACAUUUCUAUUGAAUCUCUAAUCGGAGUCAAACGUAAAUGUUUUCUGUGGACUGUGAAGGAGUUCAGUCAACAACAUUGCAGUAAAAAUGUGCUCGUCGAGAACUCUGAUCAAUAUGGUGAUAUUCAGAUGAAUCUCAAAUCUGUUGGCGGAAUUAACAGCGACGAGCAAUUUUACCUAGAAAUUUCUCGCACAAAUGGCGAGAAAUGCUAUUGUAUUCUCAAAAUUUCCGUGAUGGAUGUUGAUGGGAGAUCUCUAAAUUACAUAAGCGAUGAAUUUAUUUUUGAGAAAGAGGGCAGAGAACAAAUUUGGAGAUAUCCACCUAUUAUAAGAAAAAGCAAGCUGCUCGCUUGCAAAAAUUUGCUUCUACCUAAUGACACGUUAUCUUUGAAAUGUGAAUUCGCAGUUACUCUGGGGAAAGUAACCGAUCAAACUGCUGUUUAUAACUCUUGUAACGAUAUUACAUCUUCAUUAGGCUUCCCAGAAAAAUUUUCAAUGUGUUUCCCAGAUGAAAGUUCUUCUGCUUCCGGUGCGGAUUUAAAAACUGAUUUGAAACACCUAUUGGACAAUGGAAUACUCUGCGAUGCGAGUCUUCAAGUUGGAUCCGAUAUAAUUCAGGUCCACAAAAAUAUUCUGAGUGCCAGGUCGCCUGUUUUCAAGGCAAUGUUUACGAAAGACAUGAAGGAGACAAUCAACGACACUGUCGAAAUUAUAGAUUUGGAUGCGGACACGGUGCGUAGAUUACUCCUCUAUAUGUAUACUGACACCAUACACGAAUGCCAGUGGGAAAAUAUAAUGCACUUGUAUUUCGCAGCUGACAAGUAUGAAGUAUUAAGCUUGAAGGAGAAAUGCUCUACUUUCUUGAAAGCGAAUCUCUCUUUCUCCAACAUGUGUGAGGUUUUGGUUUUGGCCGAUUUACACCAAGAUGCAGACCUGAAGGCAGUUGUGCACGAUUUUUUAUCCAAAUACGAUUCUGAAGUCUUCGCUUCAGAAGCAUGGAAAGAUUUAGAGAAAAAUAAUUCUUCUUUGGCAUUCCAAACAUUGAGAGACAUUUGCUUGAUUAAACGGUUAGAUUGAAUUCAUUUGGAAGCUGUUUGUGCUUAUUCUCUAAAAGCUGUGCUUUAAAUAAUAAUGUGUAUUUAAAAAUAUUUAAUGGAUGAUUUUUGAAUUUUAUUUUGUGUCUGUUUUCGCAAGUUCUUUAUUUCUGUGACUUUAUUCUAAUUUAUUUCCCCUUGCUGUUUUUUUCUUGCUCCUUGGCUUUUGGAUAUAUAUGCAUUUUUUUCUGGAAAAUUUUCCUUAUGUACCAUUUAAAAAUUAUUUACAUAUAUUUAUUAGAUUUUUUCUUUUAAUUGUUUUUUUAUUAAUUGCAUUUCCAUUUCUAUUUCAUCAAUGAACCAAUAUUUCAAAUACUUAGUUCUUUUAU